AUGGGAAAACCAGAUUUCCUGUCACCCAAGGCGAUAAGCAACCGGAUCAAAUCCAAAGGCCUUCAGAAGUUGAGGUGGUAUUGUCAGAUGUGUCAAAAACAAUGUCGAGAUGAGAAUGGCUUUAAGUGUCACUGCAUGUCCGAGUCUCAUCAGCGGCAAUUGCUGCUAGCCGCGGAGUGUCCCAGAAAGUUUAUGGACCACUUCUCCAGUGAAUUUAAAAGUGGCUUUCUAGAACUGCUCCGGCGACGUUUUGGGACCAAGCGUGUGCACAACAACAUUGUGUACAAUGAGUACAUCAGCGACCGCGAACACAUCCACAUGAACGCCACGCGUUGGGAGACGCUCACCGUCUUCACCAAGUGGCUUGGCCGACAAGGUCUUUGCAAGGUGGACGAGACGCCGAAAGGCUGGUAUAUCCAGUAUAUCGACCGUGACCCCGAGACCAUCCGCCGGCAGGAGGAGCUGGCCAAGAGGAAGAAGCAUGAGCUGGACGACGAGGAGCGCAGCGCCAAGUUCAUCGAGGAGCAGGUCCGCAGAGGGCGCGGUGGCAAGGAAGAAGAAGAAGAUCCGGUUUACACCGAGCUGAAGCGAGACAACGAAGAAAAAGUUACUUUCAACUUGGGUGCCGGUGCAUCACUGGCUGGUCCUUCCACAUCAAGCGCCGUCCUGGUUCCCAGCGCUCUCGCAAAACCGUCGUCUGCGAAGAGGAAAGAACCGUCCUCCGUUUUGGACACACGAGACAAAAAGAAAAAGUCUGCACUGGAGCAGAUCAUCGAGAUGGAGGAGAGGAAAAAGCAGCAGCAGCAGCCGGUCAGGACAGACCAUUGGCUGCGGCCCAACAUCGUCGUCAAGGUGAUCACCAAGAGGCUAGGUGACAAGUACCACAAAAAGAAGGCUGUCGUCAUGGAAGUCAGAGAGAAAUUUACAGCGGUGGUGAAGAUGAUCGACUCUGGCGACAAGCUUAAACUGGAUCAGAACCACGUGGAGACGGUGAUACCUGCGCCAGGAAAAUACGUGAUGAUCGUGAACGGAAACUUCCGCGACACCGAGGCCGUGCUGGAGGGCAUCGACGAGAAGAACUUUUGCGCUUCGCUCACGCUCGAUUCAGGUCCACACAAAGGAAAGCGCGUGGACGUCGCCUACGAGGAUUUUUCUAAACGGGCUUGA